AUGUUAGCGCGUGCAAUGAAGGAGAAGGAAAACGACGAGAGCAAAACAAAACGAUUGGCCAUCCAAUCGAUAUACACAGAGCCGCCACGCAAUGAGCUUACAUCAGCCGAUCUUAGCGCGGAGCGACCUGUGAAGGCUGUGUGUGUGGACUCCGUUGAAAAGGGCAGCGAGCUAUUCGGAGGGUUGGAUUGCUGGUCUGGCCAAGGUGGUUGCAGGCAAGAGCCAGCGCUUAAUAAUGGGACGCAUAACCCCAUCAUGGACUCCUAG